AUGGCUUCUAAAAAUGGCCAUGCCCAAACUGUCUCACCUGAGACAGACACCCCUUAUUCGACUCCAAUUUUCCGGGUGGCCUCGACUCGCUGGACUCCAUCCUUUUCUUCAUCCUCACCGUCACAUGAUUCUUGGGAUUCAUAUUUUGGUUCAUCAAUGUCUUUAGAUGAAGAAUUUUCAUCACUUAGUCCUAAUAACAUCCCCCUAAAAUUCUCCGGCCGCGUUCCAUUUUCUUGGGAGCAACACCCCGGAAUUCCCAAACAACUAAGUCCCAAGAAAAAGGGUAGUGUCGCCACCGGUCUCCUCCCAUUGCCGCCAGCUGGAAAUUCAAAUCCCGUCAAGAAACAAAUUCAAGAAGAGAUUUCUCCAAAGAAGUACAUGACAAGUGACAGUUUCAGAAAGGACCCCUUUUUUGCUGCAUUAGUCGAGUGUUCCAAAGAUGAUCAUAGUCAUCAUCAAACGGUUGGGAUUGAUGUUUGGAAGGGAUCAAAGAUUUCAAGAACAUUAAGUGAUAGAUUUGGAUUCAUUAACUUGUACACUUCUUGCAAAAGAAGCUGUGCAGUUUCAGAAUCGAUUUUUUAUCUCCCAAGAUCAACCCCACAUUAUCGUCUCAAUCGUCGUCCCAGCUAA